CGAAGACUUUUCGAGCGCCUCCAAGAUCAGUACUCGUCCUACCAUGAAGUAAAAAACUUUUGCCUUGCAGUUUUUUUACGUUCUACUCUGGUGGUGUAAAUAGGUGCAGUGUGUGGUGAUCGUCAACAUUAUAACUAAGGGAAGAAACAUACGACUUUUCUAUUAUUUUGUUAUAGUGGAUGGAUGGGACACGAGGGAUAAUAUAAAAUCUAUCAACAAAAUGACACACUCUGGUCCGUGAGAGACAUGCCAGGCUUAAUUCUUUACAGGAACAAAUACGCGGCCACAAUUUUUCGCAGGAUAAAAAUGAAAAUUCGCCCUCCGGAUUAAAGAGGAAAAAAUAUCAACAGAAUAAUUUUCUAGUCAACAUAUCUAUUAAUAGGAGACUGUGAUAUUAAACAAUAAUACAAUAAAACACAAAAUGGUACUGGAGACCCUAUUUAUAUCGACGGCUCUGAAAACUGUGGGCAUAGUCGGCAAAACGCUAUGGGUGAUACCCCUGAUAUUCGCUGGGCUCUCCCUAGUCACUAACUACAACCGUUUCGACCCAGAAGCCCCCAUCAGGGAAACCAGGAUGAUUUACAGGGAGUACGACUUCGUCGUUGUAGGUGGCGGGUCUGCAGGGGCGGUGGUAGCUUCGAGACUGUCGGAAAUCCCCGAGUGGAAGGUGUUGCUUCUGGAAGCCGGUCCGGACGAGAAUGAGAUCAGCGACGUGCCGUCCCUCGCGGCUUACCUCCAGCUGUCCCCCAUGGACUGGACUUACAAGACGGAAUAUACCGGGAGAGCCUGCCUGGGCAUGAAGAAUGGCCAAUGCAACUGGCCCAGGGGGAAGGUCCUGGGUGGGUCUAGCGUGCUGAACUACAUGCUGUACGUGAGGGGCAACAAGAAAGACUAUGAUUUGUGGGAGGAACUAGGUAAUCCUGGUUGGAAUUACGACGACGUCCUCAAGUACUUCAUAAAGUCAGAGGACAAUCGCAACCCUUACCUGGCUAAAACGUCCUAUCACGGACAGGGAGGCCCCCUGACCGUCCAGGAGUCCCCUUGGCGAACGCCGCUGGUGGUCGCCUUCAUCGAAGCGGGCUUGGAGAUGGGAUAUCCCAUUCGCGACAUCAACGGCGCCGACCAGGCCGGUUUCAUGAUCGCGCAGGGGACGAUUCGGAGGGGAUCUAGGUGUUCCACUGCAAAGGCGUUUCUUAGGCCGAUUAAAACGAGGAAAAACAUACACGUGGCUUUAAAUGCUCACGUAACGAGGAUUUUGAUAAAUCCUUCCAAUAUGAGAGCCUUUGGAGUGGAGUUCGUGCGAAACGGCAGGAAGCAAGUAGUUAUGGCUAGAAAGGAAGUCGUCAUGUCGGCAGGUGCCAUAAACACGCCCCAAAUCAUGAUGCUCUCGGGCAUCGGGCCUAAAAGGGAGCUAAAGAAGCACGGGAUCCCCGUGCUGAAGGACCUACCGGUGGGAGAGAACCUGCAGGACCACGUCGGGAUGGGUGGUCUCACUUUUCUCGUGGACAAACCGGUGUCCAUAGUGCAAGACAGAUUUCAGGCUUUUCCUAUGACCAUGCAGUACGUCGUCAACGGAAAGGGCCCCAUGACCACCUUGGGAGGCGUGGAGGGACUUGGCUUCGUCAAUACUUAUUUAGGAAACAGGUCCUGGCCUGACAUCCAGUUCCACAUGGCCCCCGCAAGCGUCAAUUCUGACGGCGGCAGGCGCGUAAGAAAGGUGCUGGGCCUUACAGAAGAACUUUACCGUACGGUUUACAAACCCAUAGCCAACAGAGACGUCUGGACUCUGAUGCCCUUGCUGCUAAGGCCUCACUCGAGGGGGUGGGUGCGGCUGAAAAGCAGAAACCCCUUUGACGCCCCUCUCAUCAACGCGAACUACUUCGAUGACCCCUUUGAUGUUAAAACCCUCGUGGAAGGUGCCAAGAUAGCUAUAAACAUCAGUCAGGCCGAAGCGUUCAAGAAAUUCAACUCACGCCUCCACAGGAUCCCCUUCCCCAACUGCAGGCACGUGCCCUUCGCCAGCGACAAGUACUGGGAGUGCCACAUCCGCACCAUCUCCAUGACCAUCUACCAUCCUGUGGGCACGUGCAAGAUGGGGCCUCAGUGGGAUUCCGGGGCCGUGGUGGAUCCCAGGCUGAGAGUGUACGGGGUUGGGGGGCUGAGGGUGAUCGACGCCUCCAUCAUGCCUACCAUACCCAGCGGGAAUACCAACGCUCCCGCUAUAAUGGUGGGGGAGAAAGGGGCCGAUUUGGUGAAAGAGGACUGGAUGAUGAGUAGGGGCAAAUAGCGUAGUUUUUUUAAAUGUACAAAAUACAAUUGAAUCGCUUGUUUCGAAAACAACCAAAGUCAGUUGUGAGUUUUCUAAAGAUGCAAAACGUUUCACAAACAUAAAGUUCAUGCGUUUAAUACUGCGAAAAACUUCUAGUACCUAGCUAUUUCUUACGAAAAAGUAAGAGAACCGCUUCUUGGAUGUAAGAAGGUAAACUAAUUU